AUGGCGCGAGCAGGAAUCGACCCAGAGACUGUCAGCGCAGCAGCCGCAGUCAGCAUGGCUCACGCGCACGUGGUCACAGCCGCAACAGCAGCUGUUGCUCUCGCAGCAACCGCUGCCGCAGCAGCAGUCAGUACUAUCGCCGCCUCAAACGCAAGCGCAAGCGCAACUCUCGCGGGACCGGGAAACGCCAUUAGAGGAGCCGUCGAAUGUGGAGUCAUCGAAACGAGUCGAAGCCGCCAAGCAGUUACUGCCGCGUGUAGACUCGUUGCGACUAAAGCCGCAGCUGCCGGAACUCUCUUGGGGGGAGGGGGACAGCGGCGGGCACGCGGUGCGUUUCGGCGAGCCCGUGACGACAGCUACGGCGCGGACAAGGCUCUGGAGGUGAUAGCACAGGCGCACGCGGCAUGGCAGCUGUUUCUCCACAGCAACGUGCAGCCGGAGCCGUGGCCUGGACUGGACCCCAGUGAUGACAGCUACGGCACGGACAAGGCACUGGAGGUGAUAGCACAGGCGCACGCCGCAUGGCAGCUGUUCCUCCACAGCAACGUGCAGCCGGAGCCCUGGCGGCCGGAUCUGGACGUGUUCUCCACCAACGUGCUGCAGGCCUGCUGGCGCAAAUACACUGACGGGCAGAGCGCUUUGGUGCUCCCUGUAUCGUGUGAGCGGCGGGAUGAGAGCGUUCCUGGAGAUGCUUAUAACGGGGAUGAGAUGCUGGGGUUUGGAUCAGUGGGGUUUGGUGCGGUUGAUGGAGAUAUGGCGGAUGAGGAGGGGGUUGAGAGAGAUGCAAGGGGUUCUGGGGGUGAAGGCAAGGGUGUGGCAGCAACAGGCUCCAAAAGGGGUUCUCAGAAAGUUCCCGAAGGGCAGAGCAAAGGCGGAAGGCUGAGCAGAAUAUCGUCAUCAGCAGUAGCACCUGCCACGGUCACUGCUGCUGCUGCUGCUGCCGGUCGUCACCCUUCAGAAGCAGGAGCAGCGGCUGCCGGGGGGAAGGGAGGAAAAGGAGGAGGGGGUGGAGCAGCAGCAGAAGGUGCAUCAGCAGCAGCGCCAUCGAUAGGAAAAGACUCGCCUCUUACUACUGCUGCCAAGAGCUCCAACAAGAUGAGCUUUUUCAGGUCACGCCUCCCCAGCCUGCCUCCGCCCCCACCACCCUCACACUACGAUGACGUCAUCUCAGCAGAAGCAAAGUCAGCAUCCGCAUUGGCAGCACGGCACCCCAGCAGCUUUGAGAGCAGUGGGGGCUACAGCAGCAGCAGUGCACAUGGGAAGGGGACGCGAGCUUGGAGUCCUCUAGCUGUGCUGCGCUCCAAAUCCCCUGGCAGUCUGCAGAGCAACCAUGGCAAGCAGCGCGCACAGAGCGCGGCACGUGACAGCAGCAGAAAAUCCCCUCGAAGUCACCAGAGCAGUGCGGCCAGGGUGAGCAACGAGGUUCAGAGUAGGGGGGUAGGGGCGGGUACCCAGUGGGCUGCUGCUGCUGCUGCUGCUGCAGGCCAGGUGAAGCACGGUGCAGGCAGCCAAUCGCCAGUGGGUGGUAGACCACCCAGCAGCCCGUCCCUUGUAGUGGGUGGUAGACCACCAAGCAGCCCGUCCCUGGUAGGUGGUAGACCACCCAGCAGCCCGUCCCUGGCUGGUGGUAGACCACCCAGCAGCCCAUCUCCUGUGGGUGGUAGACCACCGCUCAGCAGCAGCAGCAGCAGCAGCAGCAGCAGCAGCAGCAGCGUGUCUCCAGGAGGCCAGAGGGGGCGAGACAGCAGGUCUCCCGGUGAACGGUCAGUGGUGCCCAGGUCUCCAAGGGAAAGAAUGCUGAGGCCUAAGUCUCCAAAAGGAAUCCUGCCUGGCUUUGCCUUGGCAGCUCUUGGGGGCGGUUUGCGAGCAGGUGGUGCUGAUGGUGGUCCUGCUGCUGCUGCUGCUGCUGCUGCUGCUGUUGGCGGUGGUGCUGCUGGUGUUGAUAGUGGUGCAGUCUCACCUCCGUCUGUGGCUGCUACAUGUGACCCGCUUUCCGGGUUGGGUAAGCCUACAAGAAGCCGGUCCUUGCAGCGCCGAAUGUCUCCCCGGGGGCUGCAGCACCUGCACCUGCCAGACAUGGCAAGGAAAGGGUUGCAACAGCUGCCAGUGGUGUCUCCUCGCGCGCUCAAGUUGCCUGAGGGGGGCGGUGUGUGCGCGGGUAUUCCCAAGGGUGAUGGGCUGCUGCGUCGGCAUCGCAGUGAGAACCUGUCUGCGCGUGGGGCGUUUCAGCAGCAGCCGGGGGAUGGUUGGAAGCAUGGGUUGGGGGAUGGUGGACGGGAUGGUGGGGGGAAUGGUGGGAGGGAUGGUGGCGGGAAUGGUGGGGGGAAUGGUGGGGGGAAUGGUGGUGAGGUGGACAGGCUGGUGGCGGGGCUGCUGGAGGCAGGAGAUGCGUGUGCGGGUGCGGCACAGGCAGGCAGUGAUGGUGAGGUGCUGCGUCGGCACGGCAGUGAGAACCUCUCAAGGUAUAGCUCUGCGUGUCCUCCUGUGCUGCCGCAGGCAGUGCCUGAAGGAGGAGGAGUAGGUACUGGCGAGGUGCCCACAGUAGCAAGAGCCGGGGCUGCUGGGACGGCGGGGGCAGUAGAGACGGCGGGAGCAGUAGCAGGAGUUGGAGCAAGGGGGAAAGCAGCAGAAGCAGCAGCAGCAGUGGUAGAGUCAAGCCACUCUGGCAUGGCUUGUGAGCUCACAGCAAAGGGGAAAUUGCCGCAGAAAGCCGGGCAGCGGGGUGAUAGACUCCGCUUUCUGCAUUCCAAGUCUCUACCCCCGGCUUUAACUGGAGGAAGCUGGAGUGAGGAGGAAAUCAUACAGCCUGUUUUGACUGUGAAAAGGAUUGCUGUUCCCGGAAACGCAGCCGUUUCUUUAGCCGGGAGUGCUUUUCCUUCAGAUAAUGAAGAUGCUUUUGCUGCUGUGGAAGACAGACAGUUACAGAGGCAGAAAUGGAUGCAGCUGCAGCAGCAGCUCCAGCAGGGUGCCUCUACAACCCCUACAGCCCCGUCAGCAGCACAGACUGACAGGUUUCGUCGCACUCUCUCUGCUCCGCGCUCCUCCCUACCCCCACCCACUGCCUCCUCCACUCCUUUCCCUGGUCACCCAUCCAGACUCCUCCCAUGUCUGCCACUUUCCUCCCCACCCCCUCAUUCCUCCCCACCCUCCAUGCUCAACAACCCGCAAUCCUCUUUCCCAUCUACCUCUGCCCGCCGCCGCUCCUCGUCCUUCUCGGGGCGCAUGGGCAGCAACAGCCUCCCAAACACUCCACUGUUGCCGCCCAUGCUACAGCCGCCCAUGCUACAGCCUGCCAUGCAGAAAAUGAAAUUGCUGCAGCCAGGCUUGGUAUGGCCAGCUGCUCAACAGCCAGUGUUGCUCCUCCUGGCCCUGCCAUGCCUGCACUCACCUCUGCUACAGCCAUUCCUGCUACAGCCGGGCAUGCAGCAAGUGACAGUGCUGUAG